AUCACCCCCGCCCGGUAUGUCGGGAGCUCUUGGACGGUUCCGCUUUAGUGUCUGAUUUACUUUCACCGGCGUCGCGUCUCCUGCACACUCCUCUUCAUCCCCUUCUGCAGCAUCCUCUUCAUCCCCUUCUGAGAUCCUGACACAUAGAAAUAAACACGAUCACUACAGAAGAUAUCUACAGGCUUCCAAUGUCGGUGUUCCGGCCCGGAAAUCCUCAAAGGCUGAAAGUUAAAGAGUUAAAGAGUUAAAGCGAUGUAUAACAACAUAGAGCGAGGACAGAUUUCGAACUUUAUCUGUUUCCAGAGGAAAGACUCCGAGGAAUCCGUUCCCAUGAUGGGGCUCCAUGCUGGACUUCUCCUGGUUUUGUUCCUCGUGGGUUCCUCAGCAGCAGCUGGAGGUCUCCAGGCUCCUGAUCAACCGCGAAACUUGACUUGUCGCUCGCCCGAGAAGGAGACGUUUACGUGUUGGUGGAAGCCGGGUGACGCUGGAGACCUGAACACCACCUACGCUCUCUACUACAGCCUGGAGGGAUCAGACAAGGUGUACGAGUGUCCAGAUUAUAAGUCAGCAGGACCGAACUCAUGUUUCUUCAAUAAGAGUGACACGUCCCUGUGGGUGCAUUAUAACAUCACCGUCAUGGCUACAAACUCCAUGGGCAGCAGCAUCUCCGAGCCCCUUCAGGUGGACGUGGCCCAAAUCGUUCAGCCCAACACUCCUGAGAGAGUGAAAGUGAAGGUGAUGAAUGAUGAAGAGAUGAAAGCACCGGUCCUGCGCGUGACGUGGGAGAAGCCGCAGUCGGCAGACACUCGCUCCGGCUGGAUCACACUCAUCUAUCAGCUCCGUGUUAAACAGAUCAAAGGUGACAACUGGGAGGAGUACAACGCUGGUAUGCAGAAAUACUACAACGUCUUCAGUCUGCUCUCAGGUAAAGAGUACAUGGUGCAGGUUCGCUGUAAACCUGACCACGGCUUCUGGAGCGAAUGGACGAGUCCCGUCUACAUCCAGAUGCCUGAGUUCCUGUAUAAGGAGCACUCAGUGUGGAUCCUGGUGGCUGUGUUUUCAGCCGUCGUCCUCCUCAUAAUCACCUGGACCAUAAACCUUAAGCGGAACAUUGUAAAACGUUGUCUGCUGCCUCCUGUCCCUGGACCCAAAAUCAAAGGCUUUGAUAAACAGCUGCUCAAAAACGGGAAAUCAGAGGAAGUGUUGAACGCGCUGGUGAUCCACAGUUUUCCACCAACCAAGUACGAGGAGCUGCUAGUGGAUUAUCUGGAGGUUUACGACAACGAUGAGACGCACAACUUGGUUUUGGACUCCAAGGAUCCACAUGUGGAGUCUGUGAACUCCACCAUCACGUCGUCAGACAGCGAUUCUGGACGAGGGAGCUGUGACAGCCGAACCCUGCUGCUGGACAAGAGCACACAGGGACGGAACCUGGGCGGAACCAAGCAGGGGGGCUGGGGUUCUGAAGAGCCCGGUUCUCCGAUCAGAGAAGAAGGAAAAGGCCGGAUGUGGAAUAACGUGUUCUCGGCUCCUCGGCCGCACCCCGAGCACCACUAUUAUCAGCAGGACCUCCAUUUACAGCAGCCGCAUGACACCAAAUGCACCUACCACAACAUCCCUGAGAUUUCCUGCAUCUCCUCAUCUGUCCACAUCAGCAGAACUGUGGAAAAUCAUCUGGAGGAGCUUCUGAUCAAACCUCGGGUCUGCGGACGCUUUCAGACUGACUGCACGGACGGCGUCGUGAUGCAGUCUGCUGAAUCCCAACCCACAGAAUACGUAGAGGUGCAGACGGUGGAUCAGGAAAACGUCCUCCACGUUCAGCCGCUCUCCGACCCCGAGGAGCGAAGGCAGGAACUUUCUGACUCCUCACCUGGUGAGAAUUACAGCAAGGUGCGGGAUGUGAUCUCAGAUAAUCUGCUUCUGCUUCAGAGUGACGUGAGCAUUGUACCGCAGGGAUGUCAAUGCCAAACCAUUCAUCAGGAGAACCAUCAGACCUGUAAACACAGCACCGUCCUGUCCUUAUCCUCCAUUCUGCAGCCAGGGAACGGAUAUGUCGACUCGACCGUGAUGACUUCCUAACGUCUCCGUCUCUGGAAUCCCGAUUAGAAAUAAGAGCUUUCAUGGACGGCUCCUGGGACAGGGAAUCACAAUCUCUUAAAAACCAGCAGUUCUGAAAGAUCACCCGAGGUUCUGAGAAGCUACGACAGAUACCUCGGGAGAAAGUCUUUGCUACAAGCUCUUGGUGAUGCCUCAUGUCUUUGGUCACAAUCAGAUUCUGCCGGGUUCUUGCUGGUUCUGUUGGGUCAGUACUUGUUUUAAAAAAGACCCGGAAUACCCAGUCUUUUCAUGGCGGAGACUCGUGCAUAAGGUGAUCUUACGUCUUAACCAAUCAGCAGGAAGAAGACACAUUAUCGAUCCUGAUUUUUAUACAUGAUCUCGAUUAGUUAGUGAGUUCUACAGGCUGAGAUGAGAACUUUCAUCAUUUCACUUCUCAUCAUUAAUCUUAACCAGCUGAAAGCUCAGAUAUAUUUUUGUAUUUGAACCUUUUCAUCAGUCUACAUUUAUUUACAUAAAAUAAGGCUUUGGCUAAUUAAAUAAGCAUAAAGUUGCAUAUUCAACAGGGAUGUAAAAAAAACCUCAGGCUUCCAAACGAUAUAAGACAUGUGGCUGAUUUUGUCCUGAACAGUGACGACACGAAGAAGGACUUUUUUUUAAGCGUCAGAUUUCCGAGAGGCCGAAUUGCCUCGCCGGCGUGUUUCAAUUGUUAAUAAGUACUUUUAAAAAAUGUCCAUUUAUGUUUCUUUAUCCUUCUAAUAAUUCUAAUAACAAACAAAAUCUAGUUAACUGGAGUUAGGAUUAAAAUCAGGCCAAAUUUCUCUUUCUUGUUUAAAUCAUGUCCAGAACUUGCAGAACUUCUCGAUUUCAUCAUGUUUUAAUUCAAUGGAAUUGUAGAACAUAAGUACAGGUAAAUUGUGACAUAUAGCUACUAUAUUUAGGGGUCGUGAAGUGGGCGGAGCUUACCGACUUAAUCGAAGACGCUAAAUUUAAGCCGAUGUGGUGGUGACGAAGUGAUGAAAACCAAAGCAAACAACAUUGAAAUAAACAACGAUGAGAUUUGA